GGUGCCUCCGGGCCCAGCCCCCCGAGCCUCCCGAGCGGGCGCCGGCCCAGCCCGGCCCCGGGAGCCGCGAGCCGCGAUGCCUGGGGGGCGCUCUCGGGGCCCCGCCGCCGGGGACGGGAGGCUGCGGCUGGCGCGCCUGGCGCUGGUGCUCCUGGGCUGGGUCUCCGUGUCCUCGCCCGCCUCCCCCGCUACCUCCUCCAGCGCCUCCGCCGCCUUCCUGGCUUCGGCCGCGUCGGCCCAGCCGCCCCCGUCGAGCCCGUGCCCCGCGCCGUGCGAGUGCUCCGAGGCGGCGCGCACCGUCAAGUGCGUGAACCGCAACCUGAGCGCGGUGCCCGCGGACCUACCGCCCUACGCGCGCACCCUCUUCCUCACCGGCAACCAGCUGGCGGUGCUCCCCGCCGGCGCCUUCGCCCGCCGCCCGCCCCUGGCCGAGCUGGCCGCGCUUAACCUCAGCGGCAGCCGCCUGAGGGAGGUGCACGCUGGUGCCUUCGAGGACCUGCCCGGCCUGCGGCAGCUCGACCUCAGCCACAACCCGCUGGUCCACCUCAGCCCUUUCGCCUUCUCCGCCAUCAACGCCAGCGCCUCGGCCCCCAGCGCCCUGUCGGAACUGAUCCUGAACCACAUCAUCGAACCCCCUCCUCCGGGCCAGGACCAGCAUCAGGACCAGAAACAGAAACAGAACCAAAGUGUGGAGAGCAUGGUGGGGGCCGCCCUGCGGGCGGGCCACGCCUUGCAUGGGCUCUGGCGCCUGGAGCUGGCCAGCAACCACUUUCUUUAUCUGCCCAGGGACGCUCUGUCCCAACUGCCUGCCCUCAGGCACCUGGACCUGCGUAACAAUUCCCUGGUGAGCUUGACCUACCUGUCCUUCCGCAACCUUACGCACCUAGAACGACUCCACCUAGAAGACAAUGCGCUCAAAGUCCUUCAUAACGGCACCCUGGCAGAAUUGCAAGGCCUGGCGCAUGUCAAGGUAUUUCUGGACAACAACCCCUGGGUCUGCGAUUGUCACAUGGUGGACAUGGUGACCUGGCUCAGGGAGACCCAGAUAGUGGAGGGCAAAGCCAGGCUCACCUGUGCGUUCCCGGAAAAAAUGAGGAAUCAAAUGCUUGUGGAGCUCAAUGUCGCUGACCUGGACUGUGAUCCUAUCUUGCCUCCUUCCCUACAGACUUCGUAUGUCUUCCUGGGUAUUGUUUUAGCCCUGAUAGGCGCAAUUUUCCUCCUCGUUUUGUAUUUGAACCGAAAAGGGAUAAAAAAGUGGAUGCACAACAUCAGAGAUGCCUGCAGGGAUCACAUGGAAGGGUAUCAUUACAGAUACGAAAUCAACGCGGACCCCAGGUUAACAAACCUCAGUUCCAAUUCAGAUGUCUGAGAAACACUAGAGGACCGGAAAAAGGACAGCACUGCAUGAGGUGUAGACUUAAGCUUUAUCUUACUAGGUUAGCUGCGCUUCCACCCUCCACUGUAGACACCACUGACUUGCAAAGCGGUGAAGGGGAUCUGCUUUCUUGUUAUGUCAAGUUUCUUGGUGUUUUCUGUUAAUGUAAAGCAAUGAACAGCUGUGCAGUGUUUCACCCUCCUGUUUGCUUGGACUCCUCAACACGUGUGGAGAGCCUUUCAGGUUGCUGCAUGAACGCGGACUCCUUGCCCUCCUGUCUCUCCUGGUACAUUUCAAGGUGUAGCACGUGUACCCGCACAGAUAGCAUUGGACAAAAGCUGCCUCAACUUUUUUGAGAAAAGUGUUUUAUUCACAAAUAUCAGUUUUGCUCUCAUGUACCUAAAAUUGUGAAGAAAAUAAUUGCAUCCCAUAAACUGCCUGCAGACUGUAGCAAGCUCUAAAAAUAACUCCAUAGUACACAGGAGCAUCUGCAUGCGAGAGCAUGCUUGCAUUUUACUGUUCUGCAUAUUACACACAAUAACUGGCAAGUUCAGAUUAUUUCAUUGACAAAGUAAACUACUUUUUUGAUUGCAGUUUAUAUGAAACUAUUGAAUUUUUUUUAAUAAACUGCACGGAGAUCCAACAAACUGAAUUGUUAAAAAAACCAAUAAAGAUUCUUA